UGCGUUGCAUCCAUCCGUACCAUCAUCGAGAUGUCGCCCAAGAGGGCCUCGUCAUCCUCAGCGCCUGCUACGCCGACCAAGAAGAAAGCAAAGAGCGGCAGCGCUGGACAAGCAUCCAUCUCUUCCUUCUUUGGGUCACCUUCGUCCAAAGGCAAGGAGAAGGAGGUCGAGGAGGAGCAGCCAGAGGAAUGCCACCCAGACGAGCUCUUCGCGCUUCAGCUGGCAGCUCAGGAUGCUGGAGUUUCUCUAGCGGAGAUGAGAAAGAGGAUGACUCGUGGCAAGAAGCAUGAGAAUGGCGCGAUGCCCGUCCAUCCACUCUUCGCAAAGCCAGUCAAAGCCUCAUCACCCCCCUCAUCCGCUGCUGCGCCUUCUAAACGAAGUCCAUCCCCAACCCGGCCAGAUGGUCCCAGUACGCCUCGCAAGCCGCCACCAGGUUCAGCAGUCUUUGAUCUAGCCGCGCUCGAUACCAGCAUCAGUGCCAUCGACUUCACGCAGGACAUUCUCGUCUUUGACCCCUCAACGGUCACCACUCAACAUUGGCCUCGCGCCCCCGGCUCUAAUCAUGCAACAACUCCAUACGCCCUCCUGUCCCACGCCUUCAUCACCGUGUCUGCGACCAAGUCUCGCUUGCUCAUUGGAACGGUCCUCACCAACCUCAUGCGUACAAUCCGUGUACAUGAUCCCACUAGUUUGCUCCCCUCCAUCUACCUUAUGACAAACCACAUCGCUCCAUCGUACGAUGAUGUGACGCUGGGCAUCGGCGGCUCUAUUACCAACAAAGCCACCAAAUCCGUCACAGGCAAAUCGGCUGCAACGCUGAAGCACCUCUGGGACCAAACGGGCGAUCCAGGCGAUGUGGCGUACGAGGCCAAAAAGGACGUAAGACCAAUGGUCGCCCCCACUCCGCUGACGGUAGGCAAGGUCUUCAAGAGCUUGCAUGAUAUUGCUGCUUUGACACAUUCGGGAACGGGUAGUACGAGCGCCAAGCUGGGGAUCGUGACGAAGUUGAUCGUAGCGUCUAGAGGGGAGGAGACUCGUUGGCUCGUGAGGACAUUUCACAGUCAUCUGAGGACAGGGGCGGUGAAGAAGACAUUAAGUAGCGCGUUGGCGCGAUGCUUCAGUCUGUGCGACAGUGACGAAGAUGAGGCGGCUGUCGAAGCUCCUACCUUCUCGACUCAGUCAUCUGCUGCAGCCGCUUACCUCGUCACCAGUUCUGAACGCUCUGGAGGUAUUCUCGCCAACCCCACCAAACCUAAGGAGCGUCAAGACCCGCGUCGCCUGGCCAUCAUGGCCAAAUUCGCCCGCAGCGAGCGGCUAGUGCGAGAGGUGCUCUCACGCCACCCUAAUUUCACAUCGGUCAUAGAAGCUCUCACCACCUCACCAGGUGGCGGGCUCGCACAUCUCUCUCAGCUGGUGCCCUUACGCAUUGGCGUCCCCAUCACGCCCAUGUUGGGUUCUAUCACCCGAUCGCUCAACGAUGUCUACACAAAGCUGGGAGUUGGCCACCCAAAUACGGCGAGGGCUUUCGUGAGCGAAUUCAAGUAUGACGGGCAACGUGUCCAGAUUCAUGCGCACCGAGUACCAGAAGCCGCAGUGGAUGAGCAGGGUAAGCUCGAUGAGCAGGCUCGCGCUGUACGCGCGAGCUACGGCAAAGGAAAAUGGCUGGGCGAGCGUGGAGAUAUUUUCGUGCGUCUCUUCUCCCGUCAUCUUGAAGACAUGACCAGCAAGUACCCGGAUAUUCUCGACCUCAUACCCCUCCUUCUCGAUCGAGGCCACGCGGAGCCGGUACAAUCAUUUAUGAUUGAUGCCGAGGUGGUAGCUAUUGGGCCCGGCGGAGAGGCUGAGCUGCUGCCCUUUCAGACACUGAGUAAUCGGAGUAGGAAGGAUGUGGACCUGAAGGAGGUCAAGGUCAAGGUUGGAGUGUUCGCAUUUGACUUGAUGUAUCUGGAUGGGAAGUCCCUCCUCAAAUCUUCCCUCCGAGUACGACGCAAUCUCCUCCACACGCGUCUGCCCGCUCUCCUACCGGAGAAUCCCCUCAUUGCACGCUGGCUGCACGUCAAGAGCCUAGAGAGCAAUGAGCCGGAAGACGUGGAGCGCUUCUUUGCUGAGGCGAGGGCAAAUCGCUGCGAAGGGAUCAUGGUAAAGACAUUGGACCAUCACUGGAGGCGAGAGGCGAAGAAGGAGGAUGGUGAGGAUGACAAGGGUGGUGGGCAGGACGACGAGGGAGAGGAUGCAAAGCUACAGACUCUUGGCGACGUAGUCUCCGACGAUCUCGUCAUGGCUGAGGAUGAUGAAGAUGCUGUUGCACCAGGCAAAGAUAGCGAGGGUGCCGAUCCUAUCGACCUCUUCCAACAACACCCGGGUGUCACUGGCCGCGGCAAAGCCCUACUCAGCACCUACGAGCCCGAUAAACGCUGUGAGUCCUGGCUCAAAGUCAAACAGGACUAUGUGGAUGGCCUGGGCGACUCGCUCGAUCUGGUACCCAUUGGUGCUUGGCACGGAAUGGGUCGCAAGGCGCAGUGGUGGUCUCCUGUCCUCCUGGCGGUCUAUGAUGCAGAGACAGGGGGAUACCAGGCGGUCUGCAAGUGCAUCAGUGGAUUCACGGACGCUGAGUACAAGAGCAUGAAGUUCGAACGCUUCGUGGAGAGCGAAGAGGUUGGAGCGUCGUGCUACAAUGCCCGGAGGAACCAGUGUAGGCAGGAAUAUGAUACUGGAGGGUACCUCCCGGACGUCUGGUUUGAGCCUGUAGAAGUCUGGGAGCUCCGUUUCGCAGAUGUGACGCUCAGCCCCGUCUACCCUGCGGCGCGUGGCCUCAUCUCAGAAGAGAGGGGGUUGAGCACGCGUUUCCCGCGCUUCAUCAGACGGCGAGACGACAAGGGACCCGAGGAGGCGUCUACGCCGCAGCAGCUUGCGAGUAUGUACUUGGGACAGAGGAGCGUAGCUGGUGGCGCGGGUGAAGGAGGGAAGAAGGAGGCAAACGAGGCGAUCAAGGAAGAGGAGUGGGCCGAAGAGGAAGAAGGGGGCUAGUAGCUAGGUACUGGGCGGGGAGAGGAGACUGCGUGGUAUUGUAGUGCAAGAGGGGUCGGGGCCAGCCGGGACAUCAUUGUAUUCGAGUUCGAGCAAUCAUCGCAGAUGUUUUGGACAUGGGUAAUCGC